AUGGAGCUGAAGUUCCUGGGUGGUGAUGGAGCCCAGGAAACGGAAAGAGUCCACACUGGUGACGGGGGAGUCACACAGGCUAAGCUUCAGAAUGCGAGGAGGAAGUUUGUGGAAAAGGCAGAUAAAGAACUGAUUCAGCAGCUACUGGACGACCUCUUAGACGACGGCGUCGUGAAUGAUGGCCAGAAAGACUCGAUAUUGGAGGACAACAGUACGACGGCAGACAGAGCGCGCGAUCUCAUCGACGUGGUGAAGAAAAAAGGAGACAAAGCUAGCGAAAUAUUCAUCACGCACCUUGAGGUCAGAGACAAGGUUCUCUGCACUGAACUGGGUCUUUCCUCUGCUCAACCUGCUCAGCUGGCUGCGGAGCCGAAGGUGGAGCAGAAGUGGUCAACCAAACUCAUUCCUACCACCGAGGAUUUCUGGAGGGAGGAACUGAAUAAUAGAGAUAUUUACCCUACAGACAGAAAUGCCAGAAGCAACCGUGUGGCCCUGCUAAUCACCAAUAUCAACUUUACUGAUGAGAAAAAAAACAGAAAUGGAGCCGAUAAGGAUGAGCAGAACAUGGAGAAUCUGAUGAUGGGACUGGGAUACAAGGUGGUGAAACACCGUGACCUCACAGCAAAGGCAAUCGAUGAUGCUUUAAAGGAGUUCUCUAAACACCCCAACCUCAAAGAGACGGACAGCGUGUUGGUGGUUUUGAUGUCACACGGGAAACGGGGCCGUGUCCUCGGUGUGGACUGGACGACUGAAAGACCAGAUGAGUUCCCUAUCGACAACAUCUACAAACACUUGGGCCCAGAGAAUUGUCCAGCGCUGCUGAACAAACCCAAGAUCAUCAUCAUCCAGGCCUGCAGAGGGGGUGACGCUCUCUAUUCUGACUGAUCAUCAAACAUCAAUAUGAAUGAAUGUGGGAGGCUGCUAAGUUCCCGUUGGUUGUCUAAGUGCACUGUAUUAAAGGUGUGCCACAU